CCCGCCAAACCUUUACUUGUUGCAGAAAAGUUCUGUGUUCCGUUCGGAGCAUGUGAAGUUAUCUCUUUCAGGGUUGAAACUUUUUCGCACUUUUGAAGUUUGGAAUUUAUCCCUAGGAUUUUUCCCUAUGCCAGAAAUCUUCCGGAUAUAAAUAUACAUUUUCCCUUUUGAUUUAUCAGUCCAGACGCGCGUUUUAGAACAGUGUUUUUUUGUGUUUCAAUUUUUAGGGCGCUGGUCGUUCAUAUUUUUUCUGGAUACUUGUAGAAAUGAGCCGACCAAAGGUUUUCGUUACCAGGCCAAGCGUGCCAAAAGAGGGAAUAGAAUUGCUAAAGAAAACAUGUGAUGUGGAAAUUUACGAUGAGGAGAAGCCCAUCCCCCGGGAGGCUCUGCUGAAAGGAGUAGCUGGAAAAGAUGCCCUUCUUUGUCUGUUAACCGACCCCAUCGACAAGGAAGUUCUCGAUGUAGCAGGUCCUCAGUUGAAAGUGAUUGCUACCAUGUCUGUCGGUUUUGAUCAUAUUGAUAUUGAAGAAUGCAAAAAGAGGAAAAUCGCCGUAAGUAAUACGCCUCACGUCUCUACAGAUUCUGUUGCAGAAUUCACUGUCUUGCUUAUGUUAGCCGUGGGAAGGCGUCUAUUUGAUGCAGCAUCUGCAAUGAAAAACGGAGAAUGGGUGUACAGUUGGAGUCCAUUGUGGUUGUGCGGUCAAGGAUUAAAAGAUGCAACAGUAGGAAUAGUUGGAAUGGGAAGAAUAGGUCAGGCAGUGCUGAAAAGGUUACUACCAUUCGGUAUUGCAAAAGCUUUGUAUUACGAUGUGUUUCAUCCUAUUCAACCCGCUGAAGAGAUGGGUGCUAUCUAUACUCCUUUCGAGGACCUGUUGAAGCAGUCCGAUUACGUAGUCGCCAUGUGCAACCUUUCUGAGGAGACGCGCGGCGUAUUCAACAAAAAGGCCUUCGACCUCAUGAAGCCAAAUGCCGUCUUCAUCAACACCAGCAGAGGCGGUGUUGUGAAUCAAGAUGACCUCUACGAUGCCCUGAAGAGCAAUAAGAUUAGAGGAGCUGGCUUGGAUGUCAUGGUACCAGAACCGCUGCCCAAAGAUCAUAAGUUGACAACAUUGCCAAACAUAGCUUUGCUGCCUCAUGUGGCCAGUGCUGAAGUAUCCGUGCGGAUUUUGAUGGCGGAAAUGGCAGCAAAUAACAUUCUUAACGCCUUAGACGGCAAAGAUUUAGUCAGUCCUGUCUACUAAGCAAUGGAAUUUAAUUUCAUGUUUUAGAACUUUACCUUUGUAUUUUAACAUAUACCUGGUUCCUUUUUGUUUUGUUAACUCAAAUUGUUGUUAUAAUAAAUUUUGUGCAACUAGU